GGGUGCUUGAGGAUGGACCCUUGAAAAUCCAAAUGGAGAACCCUGAGAGGAAUCUAGCUGCUCCAGAUGUAGUCCAGUACAUUCCAAAGCCCAAGGAAAAAUGGGAUGAUAGAGAUUGCAAAAAGCACAAUCUGGACAACGUUGCCAAAGCAGCCAUCUUCAAGACACUUGAUCCCAUCACCUUCUCCAAGAUUAAACAUCUCAAGACUGCCAUGGAGAUUUGGCAAGGUCUUGGGAAGCUAUGUGAGGGAUCAGAGGACCUGAGAAAGCAGAAGAUAGAAGUCCUGCUUGAGAAGUUCAAAAGCUUCAAAAUGCUUCCCGGAGAAUCAUUUGAUAUGUUGGAUGAAAGAUUCCACAAGAUAUUGAAUGAUCUUGCUUCACUUAACCACAUUCUUUCUCCCAAAGAAAAGAAUGUAAGGUUCCUAAGAUCACUUCCAACUGAGUGGUACACCAAAGCCACAGCCAUGGAGGAAGGAAGAAACUUGGAGAACUACACUGUUCAAGGUCUCCUUGAUGAACUCAGAACCUAUGAGCACGAGCUGAAGAAGAAGAAGGAAGAACAAGUCACUCCUUUCCCCAUGGCAUUAAUGACAAUUCCAAGAAUCCCAUCAAGUGAAGGGACAUGCACAAGAAACUGUGACACACCUUCCUCCAGCCAGCCGUCAAGCUCAAAAAUGGAGAACUACGAUGAGGAAUUUGCCAUGAUGGUCAAACAAUUCCGAAAGUUCAAGAAGUUCUUCAAGAAGGCUGAUUCAGUCAGAAGGCCAUCCAAGGGAAAGACACAAGUAAGUGACUCCCCUCCUGAAUCUUAUUUAUGCUAUAACUACAGGAAGCCUGGCCACUGGAAGUCAGCAUGCCCGUACCCAAAGGUGGAGAAGUACGGAGAAAGAGAAAGGAACAAGAAGAAAAAGAAAGCAAUGGUUGCUGCUGAAAGUGACGAGUCAUCCAGCUCAUGCUCGGAUGAAGAAGCCCUCGUCUGCAUGGAGCGCAGAGUUGGGAAGUCAAACCAUGAGGAUAGGUGGACUAUGUCAGAAGAUGACACUCUCUGCCUAAUCGCCAAAGAUGAUGCUGAUCAAGAGGUAACCUCACAAACCUCCUGCUCAUCUUCUUAUAGCAUACCAACUUCUGAAAAUCUUUUUGACCAGUUCAAAAAGAUGAUGAAAGAUUUUGGGGAGAUAAAUCUCAAACACUCAUCCUUAACAGAAGAGAACAAACUAUUGAGUGAAGAGAAUCUCAAGUUGACUGAAAGUCGGAAAAGUCAACUGAAUGAGAUCACUCAACUCAAGAUUGAAAAUGAAUCUCUCUCUAAAAAGGUGAAAUCCCUUGACAAAGAGCUAGGGAUACUUAAGUCCCAAGAAGCAGUGAACAAGCUUCUUGAAACGAAAAAACAAAAGGGUCGCAAAGGACUUGGGUUUGACCCCUCUAGUUCCAAAAGGAAAGGGAAAACAACUUUCAUCCCUCCUAAACCUACUGCCAAACCAAAUAAGCAGAAAGGGAAGGAAAAGGAGAAACCAACAGAAGUUCCCAAAAAGCAUGAUCAUGAGGUUCUGGGUCUAUCUGACAAGAGUGAAGAAGUCAAUGAAGGAGAUAGAAUGAAGCCUACGGAGUUCAUCCCAUUCAGAAGUCUACCACUGAAGACUUCACAGAGAAAUCUGGAUUCAAACAGUGUUGAGCCUACCGGAAAUCUUGGCCAGCCUUUCAAUAUUCCGGAUCACUCAAUUGGCGACAAUUCCGGAAAUGGCGACCCAGUGCCAAUCCAUCCGGAAACACCAACUUCUGUUCUUCAACCAGAAGCUGAACUAGAACAACCAGUCAAUCCUAAUCAGCACAAUCUUCGUUGGUUAAGGGAUCACCCUCCCCAACAAAAGUUGGAAGCCAAGUGCUCCUCACCAAUGUUCUAUCAAUCCUAUCUGGAGAUGAUUGCUCCUCAAGAGCUCUCCGAAUUCCUUCAUAUGGAGAUUCGAUUCAAGUAUGAGAACGAAGUUCUUGAAUUCUACAAGAAUGGAAAGGCCAAGACUGUCAAAUCGAAGAAGGACCCACAAAGGACGAUUCAAGUCAUCAAUUCCACUGUUCAAGGGACAAAAAAGUAUGAAGCCAGAUAUUGGCUAUACUAUCUAUCUUCCAAAGGGGAAAACAGAGCUGGUGCUAGCACAACUGCAGAGGAAAGUUCUUCAGACAAUGUCCUUAUCAUGAGCCUGAACAAGUCAGUAAAGAGGAAGCAAGUGGUGUCUCCCUCUCCCAGUGCUGAAGCACCACAAAAUCUUGCUCCAAUCAAUCUUGAAGAAGAAGAAGAAUUCUCUAACCAAGGAGAACUACAAAGGAAAAAGAAGAGGAAAAUCACCUCUCCCUCAACAUCUGGACAUGUCAAUCCGGAUGAGUUGAAGGAGAAGGAACCAACUGAGGAAACCUCUGCCCACAACCGGAGUCCUCAACAACUUGAAGAAGAAAUUCCUCAACUCUACUAUGACUGGAGAGCUUGGAAAGUUGGAAAUUCAGCAGAACAGUUGCUGAGUUGGGACCAGCAACUGAAGAAUGAGAAGAUCAUCAAGAAAUGCUUAGGUCUGCCAGUCAACUAUUGCUGUGAGCAAAUCCUGGAUGUUGACUGGGUAUGGCAAAGGAACUAUGAAGAUUUGCAUCUGGAACACUUGGUCACCUCACCAAUUUCAGAAUUUAAAGUGGAUGAUGAGGAUCUUGCAGUAUACAAACCAGUCCUCUCAAAAACCACAGAAGACCAGGUGGUUCUUACUUCUGAAGCACAGGCUAACUUGGAAACAACAGCUGAGGAUUUCCAAAUAUUUCUGGAAACCUCAUCUUCCUUUGAAACUGCUCUACCUGAAGCUGCAGUCUUUACUCCACAAAAACAGAACGAGGAAGGAUCAAAUGAAGAACUCCAGCAACUUCACCAUUCUGAAGCUUUAGAGAUUCUCACAAAUCCUUGUGAGAUCACCAAUCCUACUGAAACUGAGAUCCCGGAGAAAUCAGCAGAAAAUCUGGGGAUGUCCAAAACUCCAGAAACAAAUGAAGCUCAAGAAGAGCAAGCUGUAGAAGCCCAGAGAAGUUCUGUAGAAGCUGAGAAGGAAACUCAAAUGGCAGAACUGGAGGCCUCCAAAUCUCCAGUAACCAACUUCCAUUUCGAUAGCUCUUCCAUUCCUACUCUUCCGGAUGAGGUACCGGAAAUCUGGACAAAGAAGGUCCAAGGGCUGAUUGAAUCAGCCCUAGCAUCUCAACAUGCCUCCUUUAGGCAAGAGAUAGAGCAGAUGGAAGCCAGGCACAACAAACUGAUUGAGAAAUCCGAAGUGAUACACUGCUCCAAUCUCAAGGAGAUAAGCAAAUCAGUGGAUAAAAGUCUAGAGAUCUUAUAUCUAUUGAGUAACACUGUGAGCAACACGAUGGAGACAUAUGCAUCUGACAGUUAUCUUCAACUCAAGAAGGUUAACAAAAUCAGAGAGCAAAUAGAAAAUGUCACAGCCAGUCUACAAAAACAAAUGUCCAUUCUCCAAAUGGACAUCAGAGCAGCUCUGGCAGUGUCUUCAGCAAAUCAAGUAGUAACCAAAGACUACUUGAAGGUAAUCAUUGGCAAUCUGAAGGAAGCACACAAACUAUCCAGACUUCUUACCACAAAUUCUGGAAAUCGCAAGAUGGAAGUGGUUCUUCAACAACACAGUCCAUCCUUGAUUCCAGAGCUCCCCAUUGCAGUCAAAGAAGGAGAAGUCUCUUACAUUCCUACGCAUCUAAACUUGACUGAUCUAGUCCUUGAAGCUCAGAGAAGCAAUCCGGAAAACUCAACACAGCGCUUAUCCAACUCAGGAUUGGAUGGAACAGAGGCUGUAGGAACAAUUGCUGCUCACUUCUCAAAUGAAAAUCAAACAGAGGAGAGACGCAACAACAUAAGGCGCAUCAAAGAACUAUGUGGAAACAUGCAAGGCAUCAGGGAGAUUGCCGAAUCUUCAAAGCGCAAGAAGCACUGAAGGCUUUUUUCAUCAAACCAGGGGGAAAAGUAUGUGAAAACAUUAAUUUGCUUUGAUGAAAACACCUUCUUGUUUAAACAUUACUUUAUUGGUUUAAACAUUGCUUUAUUGGUUUAAACAUUGCUUUAAUUGUUUAAACAUUGCCUUAAUAUUUCUCUUGAUUGUGCUUACUAUGCUUGAUUAUACCUAAUUCAAGUAUGAUUUUGAGAUUUAUUCCUAGCGCAUACAUUCAGGGGG